GAGGCCGCGCGACCGACCCCGCACCAGUCGUCCCUCGUUCAUCUUACGGUGCGCGUGUAAAUACUUACGAUCCGUAGCUAGAACUGCUUGUUGUAAUAACAAUAACAUGGAAUCAUUCAUAGAAGCCGUCCGAAUGCAUCCCUGUCUGUGGAAUCCAUUAACACCUGAUUACCGCGAAGCAAUCAUGAAAGAGAAAGCUUGGCAACAUGUUAUAGAACACUGCAAUAAUAAAGCUAUAAAGAAUAUUUCCAUUGCAAAAAUGGAGUGGAAGAAACUACGGGACAACCAUCGCGAUGCACUCAAACGGGCGAAAUUAGGAAAAAAUAAAUUAUUACCAGCACAAAUAACAACAUGGAAAUACGCGAAACUCAUGCAGUUUCUCGAACCCCACAUGAAAUAUAGGAUAACGGAGCAUAUAGAGACUGACACAGGCCUCACACCCAGCAACGAUAACCUUGAGACCUUCAAUACUACAACCAAAUCAAAUAACUCAACUUGUAGCAGCCCUUCCACAAAACGUAAACGUACUGAAGACUCGGAAAACGCACUCCAACUAUUCUUCAACUGUAUGUAUCAAAGCACAAAAAUUAUGCCGAGCUGGAUGCAAACUGAAGUAAAAAAACGAAUAUUUAACACCAUUAUCGAUGCAGAAGAACGGCUUGGCAACAACCACUCAGAUGAGAAAAAUAAUAGCAAAGAGCAAUACCUAGAAGAGAAAUAUGAUAGCAAAGAAAAAUACCUUGUGCCUACAGAUGCUUUCAUAAAAACUGAAGCAUUUAGCGAUGACAGCUGCUGUGGUAAUUAAUUAAUUAUGUAGCAUUAAGAUUAGAUUUUAGGCGAAAGUUAUUAAAUGAUUUUAUUAAUAUUA